AUGCAUCUUGCUAUCAAGUCUCUCUUUGUCUCUCUCCUCGGAGCCAGCGUUCUCGCAAGCCCUCUUCCCAGCAAUGCUCUGGUUGAGAGAAACGCUCCCCUGAAUGAGUUCCUCAGCGCUCUUCUGUCGCAUCUGCCUGCCAUCGAUGGCACCAUCGACGCGGUGUCGGGUGUGAUCACCGAUUUUGAUCAAUUGCUCGCCGACCUCACUGGUGCUCGAACCACACAAAAUGGAUAUAUUGGUGUCUGCACGGACUACACCGUUCUCUUCGCCCGCGGAACCAGUGAGCCCGGAAACGUCGGUGUCCUUGUUGGACCUCCUCUUUCUGAAGCGUUUGAGCAAGCCGUCGGUGCAAAAGCCUUGAGCUUCCAGGGCGUCAACGGCUAUAACGCAGAUGUCGCGGGUUAUUUGGCUGGAGGUGACGCUGCCGGUAGCAAGUCAAUGGCAUCCCUGGCCAGCGAAGUUCUCUCCAAAUGUCCUGACACUAAGCUCGUCAUGAGCGGCUACUCUCAGGGUUGCCAGAUUGUUCACAACGCCGUUGAGCAGCUCCCUGCCGCAGACGCUAGCAAGAUCAGCAGCGUCCUCCUCUUCGGAGACCCAUACGCGGGCAAGGCCUUCCCCAACGUUGAUGCUUCCCGUGUGCACACUGUGUGCCACGCCGGAGAUACUAUUUGCAACAACAGCGUCGUUAUCCUGCCCCCUCACCUGACCUACGCUGUUGAUGUGACUAACGCGGUUCAAUUUGCUGUUGCGGCUGCGAACUAA